UCUGCCUCCAGUCUCAUCCACAACCCGUCAUAAAAGUGGUUGGUCGAUCUCUUGCUUUGGCUCCCUCGUUGACCAGGCGCUUUGACAUAUUUCGGUGCUCGCACUGUUUCGGCUGGAUGUUAUCCUGCAGCCACCGCAAUCUCGCAUCGUCCAUUUGGUCAAUUACAUGUCCGUUAUCAGCAACGAUUUGAUUGCUCAACUUGACCUCUCCAAAUUGCUCUCGUACUUUCUCCCAAUCUUGGUAGAUACCUAUUUCUUCUCGAUCAGGAGGAGAUUCUAUCAUUCUAUCUCUCUCUUUCUCCGUCGUGGCCCAGAGCAACGGCCGGGAUGCCCUUCCCGUCCCCAGUCAAACAGAAUUUGCCCUAAACUGGACUUCGUGCUUGGUUGUGGUGGCGAGUUCACGAAUGUGUGGAGCACACCAGCCAUUCCCAGCUUGCUACGUCGCGUCAAGGUUUCGGUAACACGAAUUUGCAUCGUAAGAGGUUGCUCGCUUUGCUAUCAUGCUUUCAACUCCUGGCGGGUCCCGCGAUACCCGUUGUCAGAACCUUUGGAAACACGCAUGAUCGUCGUGAAAAUGUGGCUGCACUUGCUGCUUCCUCGGUCGCUCGAUCGAACCCUCCGACUUGGCACCUCUUUCCGGCCGUGUCGAGAAAAGAUCAACCCCGGCUUCCGUGGCAGGUAACAGUACUGCAUCCAUACGAAAAGCCAAAUAGCAACUGCCCGGUGUAUUUGUCUGUUGGGAGUUAUGUUUCAGAAGGUGCGAAAAUAUCUUCGUUGCCUCUUUGACAUCGACAGAGA